AUGAAAACGGUCACGGCUCCCAAGCUCCCACCAAUACCGGGGGUUAUUGUGAACGGACCCAAUCUUACUGAAGAUUCCACAUCAACAAGCUUGGCUUACACCUACACCCUGAUCCCCUCUCAAAGAGGAGUCUUACGCAUCCCCGCGAUCGAAUACACCUACUUCGAUCCGAGCCGUGCGGUUUACGCAACGACACAAACGGCACCCAUCCCUGUCUCUGUCCGUCCUAAUCCGAACGAGACAGCUGAAGAGGAGACCGGUAGUUCACCGUGGUUACUCUGGUUAAUCCUGUUGGCGAUUCUGAUAGUGGCGUUGGGAAUAGGAGGGUAUCUCUGGUACCGCGUCGGGUUUGUGAUACCUACGCGAAGGAAGCCAAAUGCCGAGACCGGAACGGAUACACUCGAACGGGGAGGACUCAGAAAGCGAAACACACAGGGGACCGAGACAGAACCGAUAACACCCGCUUCACAAGCACGUGAGGCACUUGAAGGACUCACACAUAGCGACACCACAGAAAAUGCAACGACAUUCGCCAACGCACUCGCACAAACGCUCUAUCAAUAUCUUGAGGGGACACUCGCCUUGUCACAACGGAAUAUCGACACAGCACGCGAGGUAUGCACGCACGCCGGAAUCUCCGAGCCUGUUCUUGACGGGCUUAUUGAUCUUCUCACGAAGUGUGAUUACCACCGAUUCGCGCCUGUGCCACUGUCUACGGACGAACGAGACGCAUUGAUCGCCCGCGCCGAGGCAGUUAUCAACGAUAUAGAAAACCUUCAGAACGCUCACGACGCGUAG